ACCAAGUCGCUGAAAGUGUUUUACCACACCGAAGAUUGCUGAAUACAUCUUCGGGUCUCGGCAGUGGGUACCCGGAUGCUUUCUUUGGUAGAUUGACUGUACUCCGCUAGUCCCAGCAGAAAUGUAGAGCUCUGAUCUCCUUUCGGACGACAACCAGUGGUGUACCCCAUUCCGAAUGUUGCGUCGACUCGACGUAGCCUUGUUCCUGCAGUCGUUCAAGCUCCUUUUCAAAUGACGUUCACAGGACGAAAUGUACCAGCUUAAUUGGCCUUCACAAAUUUCGACGCUGCAACCUGCCGCAGCUUCAGGGUGACGGGAGGUCCGUUGUUACCACGAAUUUCUUUUGGUAAGAUUGCGUCGUAUUGGAUAUGUUUCACUGCCGGGUGACUGUGUGUUCGGUGUAUCUCGCGAGCCAUACCUCCAAGUGAGGUGAACCAUGCCCAGACGACACAUGAUAUCCCAGGGAUGUCCCAAAAACAUCCAAGCAUCCCACGUCCAAACAUGGAGCUCCCGAGAACAUCCUAGGCGCGUACACGUUGGGAUCGUCCCAAAAAUAUCCAUGGUCGGCUUUAAUUGGGACUUCAAACUAGUGCCAUCGUGUAUAUGGGAGUGCACCACCAUUACAUUAGUGUGGUAAGGUCAGAAAGCAGUGACAAUUGAUGUUUGUAUGUCUAUAUUGUCAUUAUUUAUCUGGAACUCCAAUAUUUCCCGGCCUCGAUGUGGCGCUGGCGGCGCGCGCGGCGCAGCGGUCAUGCAAAAAUGUUAAAUAUAAUUCUCCGCGAAGUAUAAACUCCGCGAAUGUCGUUUAAUGCAAACAAUAUUGUGCUCAUUUGUUUCUUCCUACAAUGAAUUGCUACACCGACACCAUCUGACAGCUGCCGUACGUGUUUUGCACACGCGCCACAUACUCACAGCAUAGAAACGGCUGAACAAGCCGUGGUUUCGCAUUACUAGAAGUCAAAAAAAGAAAGAAAAACAUAUUUUAGGUGCCAAAAUAAAUUAUUCUUUAUACAAGUACAGGUAGUUACCUAACAAAAGUAAUAACAUUGCAAGAUUUAUUUUUAAGGUGCGAGUUCGGCGUGUAAUGACCAGCGCCAUCGCUAUCAUCGCGACGCCAUGGCAACGCGGCUGGUACAUUCAAUAGUACUAACCUAUCCAGCAUCGCACCAAGGUUUCUUGGAACUGAGUCCCUGCGUUCUUAAGCUUCGAGGGAAGUGCUUUAUGUAUUGAACCCUAGUGAUUAAUGCAUGGGCAUUAGUAUGCAUUAUUAGCAGCUUUCACACGCUUUCUUUGUUUUCCUAUUCUAGUGUUGGCGCAUGCUGAUUGUGGACACGUGUACGGCAAAAUUGCCAGUGGGAGUAAGUUUAGGUGAUGUCAUUCUUUGCUUUGCCUUGAGCGGAAAGUAUAGCAUCCGAUUAAUGUCUGUGCAUUGUUGAAACUGUUAGUCCAAUAGAGAUUCCACUGGGUGUUCUUGGACACGUGUGUACGUUUGACACAGCUAUCUUGAACAUAUGGCUGCACUGCCCAGAAUGACUGUAUACCGGCGCGUGCGCCGCGCCGUGCAGGAAGCCCUUAACUUAAUAUUAUCUGCUGAAGUAGCAGAUUCGUGCCUAACUGAAGCCCCGAGUGCCUAUUCCACUACAGACGGUGUGGUAAGGCCCGCUGCCGAGUCGUUUCAGCAUUCAUUUUCUGAGAGUGGUAGUGGGCCUAGUUGCGGUAUUCUUACUCCACUUGAACUUGCGGAGGCAGAUGUGAGCACCGACGAAGUUCGUGCAUGUCUUGACAGCCCUCCGAGAGAUGGUGGGCCUUAUAAUUCAACUCUUGAACAAAUGCGCUCCCUAGGUGACAACGCAUUGUCCCAAGGAGACCAGCCAAACACAGUUUCCUUCAAAGAAAAGCUGCAGGUCUGGUGCAUAGAGAGAGAUGGGCCACAUGUUAGCAUCAGACAUUUAUUGCAGGUUAUGCGCUCACAUGCUUGCUUUUCUGGCCUCCCGAAAUAUGCCAGAGCUCUCUUGUCAACACCAAGGUUAGCAUAUGGUGUUAAAGCAAUGGGUUCAGGCCAGUAUUGUCAUUUUGGUUUAACUGAGGGCCUUCAGGAGGCAUUGAAAAAUGUUCUGCCUGUGCCUAAUCCACUCAUACUCCAUGCGAAUGUAGAUGGACUACGAGACCAGUUCUGGCCUAUUCUCUGCAGAGCAGCAAAUUGUGAAAGCAGUAAGCCAUUUCCAAUUGGCAUUUAUUAUGGCCAGUCUAAGGCUUUGCAGCCUAACACCUUCCUACAGCAGUUUGUGUUUGACUUGAAAAUAGCCUUGCAUCAUGGUGUUACUGUUGGAAGCCAACUGAUCCGUGUAGAACUUGGUGCAAUAAUCUGUGAUGCACCUGCUAAGGCUUAUAUUCUGGGCAUUAAGGGUCACAGUGGAUACUUCAGCUGUUCGAAAUGCACUACCGAAGGGAAUCAUAAGCAUGGUCGUAUGUGCUUCCCUGAACUUGAUGCCCCAUUGCGAAAAGAAGCAAGCUUUCAUAAUGUAGAUCAGGAAGAUCACCACAUUAUGGACACAAUCCUCAAGGAUCUUCCCAUUGACUUGAUUAGGCAGGUUCCACUUGACUAUAUGCACCUGACUUGCUUAGGUGUUGUUCGUAAGCUUCUGCUGCUCUGGAUUAAAGGAGAAAGGACCUAUAGAAUAGGAAAACGAUCAAGAGAGUCUGUGUCAGGAACAAGUACUGAAAUGCGGCACUAUGUGCCAUCAGAGAUGUCUCGAAAGCCGAGAAGCUUGUCACACAUUGACAGGUGGAAGGCUUCAGAGUUCCAGCUUCUUAUGCUAUACACUGGCCCCGUGGUCCUGAAGUCAAGGAUACCUGAUCAUCUGGCAGACAAUUUUAUGGUGUUUACGUCGCCAUGAGCAUUCUGUGUAGCCCGCUGUCAUGCACUCGGAACUUGGAGUAUGCAGAGAGAUUACUUUUGCAUUUUGUUAAAGUGUUCAUUGAAAUAUACGGUGAGCAUGCUGUUUCACUCGAUGUCCACUGUUUGGUUCACGUCGCAGACGACGUUCGAGUUCAUGGACCUCUGCAUGGUUACAGUGCAUUCCCCUUCGAAAAUUACAUGCCUAGGCUAAAGAAGUAUGUCAGAAAGCCUGAAAAGCCUCUUCAGCAACUUUACAAUCGAAUUAUGGAAGAGCGGGCAUUGACUAGCAUGUCCAGCAGACCAGAAACUUGUAUUGCUCUUGAUUCAGGCUCUGUAUGCUUCACAGAAAAGGAAAAACUGCUGAUGAGGCAUGAUAAUGGACCACUUCCACUAGGUUGUGUAGGACCUCAGUACAAAGGUUUCCUAUUUUCUCAAGACGCCACCAUAAAAGUGAACAAGAGGGACUGCAUGUGCAUGCUAAAUGUUGAUAGCAUUGUCAAAGUUGAAAACUUUGCAGUCUGUGCUGUGAGCCACAUGCCUGUGCUUGUUGGGAGGAAGUACCAGAAAUUGGAAGACCUUUAUACUUAUCCAUGCAAAUCCUCUCUCAUUAACAUAUUUUUGGCUUCUAAUCUUUCAGACAUCCACUUUUGGCCUGUUUCGGAUAUCACACUGAAAUUUGUGAGACUUCCUUUUGGCGGAAAGCAUGCCAUAUUUCCAAUGCGACACGUGCAGUGAUUUCUUACACUUCUAUUUACUAUUUUUCUGUUUCUGUUUAACAGUUCAAUGUUUGCUUUUAUUUCUUGCCAUUUAAAAAAAAUUCAUUCGCUUUGCUUGUACUAAUGUGAGAAAUGUAUUCCUGAUCUCUUAAUUAUGUCAAUAUCGGAAUGAAUUGAAUGUUCACAACUUUGUAUAUGCUCGACUUGUAAAACAGGCCGAUAUAUUCAGUUGUGUAUGUUCGUUGUCUUCCCUUUGAUGUCUUUGAGCUGUGGGAGGACGCUGUACUUCAAUUUUUCCUUUAAGUUGACAGGUUUGCUGUUGUAGAGUUCCCCGAGGAGGACUGCAUCUUGGCAGUUGUUCACGGUUCGUGGUUGAAUCCAAAAAGAAAUAGGACAUAUUGGCCUACUUUGAAAAAUUCAUCGCAGCGGCGUAGAGCCACUGUUGAGGGUGCUGCACCAUCUCCUAGCUGGACACAAGCCAACUGUGUGGUGAAAUCCUGGGCUGACACUUACGAAAAGGCAUGUGAAAAGCAGAAUUUCCUGCAAUAUCAUUCGGACAUGAGCUGUGAAGAGGAACUGGGACGCGGAAAAAGGACAAAAACGAAGUGCCUUGGCUUCUGAUUACAGCAGUGAGCAAGACACGACUGACGACUCGGGUGAUGACUCAAACUACAAACCUCCUAGGCCGCCAAUACCACCUCAACUGGUAACAAACAUUGGUGGCUAUGAACCAGCUGCUGCCCACGCGUCAUUCAAUAUGCCUGGACGACACCGAAAGAAACGCUCUGCAGAAAAGACACAUGCUUGUCCAAAGUGGUGACACCAUAAACCAGAAGACUGCACGCAUCUUAAAGAGUGUGAUGUCGUGGGAUGUGGCAAAACAGUUCAGUUGGUAUAGUGCAAAAGGCAAAAGGAAGUUUUGCGAGCUGAAUAUUUGCAAGCUACUGUGCACCUGCCUGAUGGAAUAUAUCAAGCAGAAACAGGAGGAGGCUACACUAAAAAACAUAGAAAAAGCAGCCAUGUAUUGGUUCCGCCAUGCCGCAGAACGGGCAGCAGCAGGGCAACAAAGGCAACAAAGACCACUGAACAAAACUUCAGAACAGGACAAUGACGCUCUCAUUUCUUGAGACAGUGCACCUUAAUUACUGCUUAAAUGUGCAAUAAAUACUUCUGGUGAUCA